UGGGCAAGAAAGCCACACAACUGAUGACGAUUUUUUCUGCGCAUUCUGAUUCGGUCGAUAUGUGCUUUUUAACGUUCGAAUCUCUGGCACCCGGAAGAUUGUGCAGUUUAAAGGAGCAGAUUUAAGCCAGGUGCUUGUAGAAUGGACACAAGCGUGCGCAGGAUUGAAGUUUCAUCCGAACCUGGAAAAAUCUAUUUCCUGAGAGUAACCUGGGAAGAGGAUCUUGGGUCAGGUUUCAGUGUGGAUUUGUGUGAUGGACAGUCAGCUUGGACUGGGAAAGUGUCUGAAGAAGAGGUUUCUAAAGAAGCCCAAGAAAUGGAAAUGAAGAGACAGAUUUAUGUCGAUGAGCUCUGUCAGGCCCUGACUGCUGGAGGAAAGCAAACAAACAGCUACAGUUUUGAUCUCUCCAAAGAUCCUGCAGACAACCGCAGCCUCCAUUUCUCUUAUGAGAAAGUGCUGAAAGACGUAUUCUUUAAACUUGGAUCCGUUGAGCUGCAUACCGUCUCAAAGCCCAUUGAAGUCAUUAAAGAGCUGAUUAACCACGGACUCGACCGUAGCACCGAGCUACGGGCCAGGAAUGAACACCUGCUGGGAGAGAAUGAGAGGCUGGGACGAGAACGAGACUACGUUACUGAAGAGUUAAAGAAAUACGUCCAGGCCAAGGAGGUUCUGGAGCAGGAUCUGUACACUCGCUUUGUCCUGGUCCUCAAUGAGAAAAAGGCUAAGAUAAGAAGUUUGCAGGAGAAGUUAAAACAAGCACAAGAAGAGGUGGAGUCGGAACUGCAGCAUAGAGGUGACACAUCUACUGUUGAGAGCAAAGCGCCAGCAGAGCAAGAUUAUGAGGGAAGCACAGAUGAAGAAAACACAGAGAAUGAUGAGAAUCCCAGACCUUCAACAUCAGCCAGAGUUAAACGUGGCCACACCCCCCUCGAUGACAGUUUGCAUGAUGUCACUGACGUAGCACCCACCCGCAAGCGCCGACAACGAAACCAAAGAGGUGAAAAGUCAGAUGCUGGGAAAGAAACCAAAGAGCCACAGGAAAAAGGAAGGUUAGAAGAUGCCCUCUCAGGCAUUGCUCUUACUGCACCAGCAGUAGACGUUUGUGCUGAGCCACCAUACUUAUUUUAAGCCCUGUUGAAGAAACUGAAGAAAUUAUUUAAAGACAGUAAAUGAAUGGGCCUUUAACCAAUGCUAAGUGACCAAACUCCUCUCAGAGGAUGGGUUCCUAAAGUACAGUAGAUUUACACAGGAAUGUUUCCCCCCUUGGUAACCAAUGGAGAUUACAGAAAAGAGAAGAAAACUCUUUAGAGACUGCUCCAUUCCACACUAGCACUGUGCCUAAAUACAUCAUAAUUCUGCACCGCGGGCAUCAAAGAUCAUGCAGCGCUAACGAAGAGCAAGGGUGGAAACCCUGAACAGAUUCAACAAAGAAACGUUACAGCCUAACUAUAACUACAAGGCAUUCAUACUUUCAAUUAAACAAAUAAGCUGCUCUCAAAUCACAGUGGCUUGCCCCAAGCAGGCCCCCCACAGUAAUUAUUAUUUUUUGUUUGUUAAUACCUCACCUCUAACCUUUUCUAAACAGCUGCUGGUUUAAUAUUGGACGAUUAGGAAAUGUGCAUGUAAUGUCAUACAGUUUAAUAACUUCUGUGCUGUGAAAUGUGUUUUAAACGACUUCCUACCCUCUGUUCCUGCGGAAGGUCUUCCUAUUACCCUGUGGUGGUUCUGUGUAAAAGUGGAACUGAAAUAUU